AUGUCAACGGAAACGCGUAAUUAUCUGGAAGCAAUUAGGAAUCAAGACGAAGACGGCGAUGGAAACAACGAUAAAGACGAAUAUGAAGAGGAUCUGGAAUUAGAAAGCCAAGAAAAUGACAACGAUAAUGGCGACGAAGACAGAGGCAACAACAACGACAAAGCUGGAGUCCAAGAAAACGAAAAAGUCAGAGGCGAAGGAAACGACAAACACGAAGGUGGAACUAAAGGAAAAGAUGGUGAUAAAAAUAAGAGUAAAGUUGGCGGCGAUCAAAGCGGAAAGGACGUAGACAGAAGAAACAGCAAAAAUGGAGGCGAGAGCAGCAGCAAAGACGGCGGCGAAAACAGCAGCAGCGAUGGCGGCAGAAACAAUGACCACGACGGCGGCGAAAACAACAACAGCGAUGGCGGCAGAAACAACGAUCACGACGGCGACGAAAACAACAACAGCGACGGCGGCGAGGGAGAAGACAAAGAUGGAGAUCAUGCACGCAAUGACAGGAAUGAAACCGGCAGAAGCGGCGCAAAAGAAGGCGCCACUGAAGAAGUGAAAAGAGGCAACGUUGCAAAGUCGGAGUUUUUGGAAUUUCACAACCCAAGCAUCGACAUUGCAUUGGGCAUGGCAACACAAGUUCUGGAGGAGUUAACCGGUGAGCUAAUUUCAAUGUUUUCGGACAAAGUUUCGAGGUUAGAAGCAAGGCGUCAAUUCGAGAACCGGAAAUGGAGUUCCGGUGAAAGUUUUGGAAGUUACGUGGACGAUAAAGUGAUGCUUGGCCAGAGAAUCGACAUAGAUACAGAGGAGAUGAUAAGUCGUAUCAUUGAAGGAAUCCCUAAUCAAGGGCUUCAAAAUCAGGCACAUAUUCAGUGCUUUGAAAAUAUUGCACACAUCAAACGUGCAUUUGCGGAGGUGAAGUUGCCUAAAUAUAAUGGUGACAAAAAGGAUGCAACAGAGAACAAGAACGAGAAGGACAGCAAGGACACGCGUUGCUAUAAUUGCAAUGCUAAAGGACAUUGGGCGAAGGAGUGCAGGAAGCCAAGACGAGAGAAAGGAUCGUGCUAUGCGUGUGGCGAGAUGGGACAUUUUGUGGCGAAGUGCCUAAAGAACAAAGUUAAGAGCGAGGUCAAGAACAUUUAUCGGAAGUCCAUGUUCCAGUCGAAGUCAAAGUCGUCGGAGUUCGAGUUCGAGUGCGAGAACGAGGAGUUGAAGUGCCAGGAAAGGAGUUGA